AUGAGUUCUCUGAACUCCCGCCUGAAAGGCUUUGGUUUCAAACGGAAAUCGAGCGCCCCGAACCCGCCCCAGGGGAGUGCCAGUCCCAGCCCCAGCGUGCUGCACACCCCGACCUCGACCCCGCCCCCGGGUCCCCCUCAAAUACCGCCGCUGUUCCCCUCGCGACCGGGUCCCGCCCCGUCGAGUGCAUCCAACCCGUCCCAGACGAGUCUCCCAAUGAAUCAUCCAGGUGCUGGUCCGCGACCGCCUAGCUACUCAGCAAACUUCCCUCCUGGCCCUCCUGGCCCCGUCGGCCGUACCAGUCCGCUCACGAACCAAGGUCCGACCCGCACUCCACCGUCGCAAAUGCUCAACGGUCCUCCCCCCAUCAACACGGGCGCUCCCCCCGUCGCCGGGUACCCACCCCCGGUGAUGGGCGGCGGCCCCCCUCCUGUCGCCGGCGGUCCUCCCGGCUACGCUGGCCCGACCGGCUAUCCGCCGGCACCGCCGCCACAACCUGCUGGCCCUGCUGCGCCGUACGCUCGCAACACCGCCGCCGAGGUCGAGGGUAGCAGCCGGAGCAAAGCUCAGUUGAUUGUCGGCAUUGAUUUCGGUACCACCUUCUCAGGUGUCGCGUUUGCCUUUGCGACAAACAACGAGGCCAAGGAAGACAUCAUCACCGAGUGGCCCGGCGCUGGUUCAUACACAAAGCAAAAGAUUCCGACCGUCCUUUACUAUGAUCAAUACCAAAAAGUCGUUGGCUGGGGCCCCGAUAUCGCCGAUGCCCUCGCUCCGACUGGGUAUCCCAAGCCUGGUGUGCAAAAGGUGGAAUGGUUCAAGCUGCAGCUGAUGCUGUCGGGCAACACAUACAUCGAUCCCAUUAACCUACCACCUCUUCCACCCGGAAAGUCGGAAAUCGAUGUGGCCGCCGACUACCUGUUCAAGCUUCGCCAAGCGAUGAGGGCAGCUCUCCAAAAGACACUAGGAGAGGUGUUCAACCGUGAAGAGAGGAACAUCAGGUACUACCUUACCGUGCCUGCCAUCUGGAACGAUGCCGGCAAGGCGGCCACCAGAGCCGCUGCCAUCCAAGCUGGAUUCCUCCGGGACGAGAACGACAACCGCCUGACACUUGUCAGCGAGCCCGAAGCGGCCUCCCUUUUCUGUGCCAAGACCGGUCUGCUCAACCUGAAGGUACACGAUGCCAUUCUCAUUGUUGACUGCGGUGGUGGUACGGUGGAUUUGAUCGCGUACGAAGUUGAGGAUGAGAACCCCUUCACGGUGGCCGAAUGCACAGCCGGUUCCGGUGACUCUUGCGGCUCGACUGCCUUGAACCGGAACUUCAGCAACAUCCUGCGGACCAAGAUUCGGAAGAUGAAGCUGCCCGACGGUUCCAAGACGGCAGGUCGUGUGUACGCCAAGUGUAUCAUGGAUUUCGAGAACCGCAUCAAGGCCGACUUCCGGAAUAACGGUCAGAAGUGGGCUGUUGAUGUGGGUAUCGAAGCCGAGUUCCCCGAAGCCGGCAUCGAGGAAGGGUACAUGACCUUCACGAACGAGGAGAUUCUGCAGUGCUUCGAGCCUGUGGUCAACCGUAUCCUGGAGCUUGUCCGGAAUCAGAUCAUCGCUAUCCAGGCGCAGAACCGGACGCUUCAGAACAUCUUGGUGGUUGGUGGUUUUGGUGCGUCGGAAUACCUGUUCCAGCAGAUCAAGCUCCACGUCCCCCCGCAGUUUCAGUCCAAGGUCGUCCGGCCCAUGGACUCCGUUGCCGCCAUCGUCAAGGGCGCCGUCACCGCCGGUAUCACCGAGAGAGUCAUCACCCACCGUAUCGCUCGUCGGCACUACCUCAUGGCCACGCUGCAGCCAUUUAAGGAGGGCUACCACCCUGAGGCGUAUCGCGUGCCGUCGCUCGAUGGCAAGGACCGUUGCAAGUUCACCCGUCAAAUCUUCGUCCAGAAAGGCCAGAAGGUCAAGAUUGGCGAGCCUGUCAAGGUUUCUUUCUUCCGGCAAGUUGCGCCUGGCGCGACCCUCAUGUACGAGGAUAUUCUGUACGCCUGUGACGACGAUGUCUGCCCAGAAUACACCAAGGAUCCGCGCAUCAAGGAAGUUGUCACACUCACGUCGGAUCUGUCCCGCAAGAACCUGGAGAAAGACUUCGAGCGCAUGGACACACCGCAGGGCACGUUCUACCGCGUCUACUUCGAUAUUUACCUAACCCUUGACGGCUCUGAAUUCAGCGCCGAGCUUGUCUGCCAAGGCGAGGUUAUGGGCCGCUGCCGGGCACGGUUCAGGUAA